CCCGGCGAGGCUCGGCGCGCGCCGCGGCGGUUUGCGGCGAGGGGCGCGCGGGAUGCGGGCGCUGGGGUCGCGGGCGCUGCGGGCCGGGCUGGCGCUGCUGGGCCUGGCGCUGCUGGCCCAGGGGCUGCGGAGCUGGGUCGCCUCCCGCCCCUUCGAGUUCCGGCCCGAGGAGAUCGCGGCGCUCGGGCGGCACCACGCGGGGUUGGAUCAUGAGCAGGCCUUCUCCAAGAUCAUUGUGGAGCUGCGGAAGAAGCACCCAGGCCACAUCCUGCCGGACGAGGACCUGAAGUGGGUGUUUGUCAACGCAGGCGGGUGGAUGGGCUCCAUGUGCCUGCUCCAUGCCUCGCUCACUGAGUAUGUGCUGCUCUUUGGGACGGCCAUCGACACCGGGGGGCACUCGGGUCGGUACUGGGCUGACAUCUCCGACACCAUCAUCUCGGGGACCUUCAGGCAGUGGAAGGAGGGGACGACCAGAAGUGAAAUCUAUUACCCAGGGGACACCAUAGUGCACCAAUCUGGAGAGGCCACAGCUGUCCAGUGGAGCGCUGGCACCUGGAUGGUGGAGUAUGGCCGUGGCUUCAUCCCCUCCACGCUCAUGUUCGCCUUGGCCGACACCAUCUUCAGCACUCAGGACUUCGGCACCCUCUUCUGCACCCUCCGGGUUUAUGCCAAAGCCUUACUUCUGGAAGCCAGUGCCUAUUUCAGCCACCUGACCCAGUGAGACCACCCUCCCCAAACACCAGCACGGCGUUACAGGAAGGGGCAUCCUUUUCCCAUCCCCCACCAUCAUGCAGAUCUUACCAGAAAGGCAACGAGCAAGAGCACCUCUGCCCCUUCCCCCCUGCACACGCAGGUGUGCCAGGUAGGCUGACCAUUAGCUGUGUCGUCCGCCUGCCGCAGUGAGCACUCAGCCGGGUGAGAAACAGGCAAUAACAGAUAAACCUAGAUCGCUAUUUUUUUAAUAUCCAAAUGUUCCUCUAUAUUUCUGUAACUAGACUGCAGCGACUGAGCUGCUGCCCACAUCUGUGUGUGUCCAUCCCCUCUGUCUGCAGCUGUGUCUCGUGUGCUUUGAAAACAGGGGGGCCUACGAAAAUCCAGUCAUGGGGGUGUGUGUGACAUGGAUCAUCCUGUGCAUACACACUCUGGACAUGAGAGAAACCAUGCCCAGCGUGUGUCUACAUAGACUAGGGCCAACUGCUGAGCUCACUCGUCCCCAGCUGAACCCGGAGUAACUGCAGUGGAGUAAAUGGGGUUCAGCUAGUGUGAAUCUGGUGUCUAGCCUUGGAGGUAAUAUACAGCAGGGUGGGUCUGACUUCCAGACGCUGUCUGGGUAAAGUACAGAUUGUAUAUUAGCCACUUCCCAUCUCUGUUUCUCAGUGGACAGCGUCUGGUGUAAAGUACCUGUAGAUGUGCUCUGUGUGGUACUUCAUGCACUCAGUAUAGAUUACGUAGGAUACCCGUGUGUAUCCUGUAAUCUGCCUCGUCUUCUAUUUACUGUUUCUACUAUAGAAUCUGUCUGAUUUAGAGUUCGCUCCUGGGGGUGCUCUAAUACCCAGUGUCACUAGAUGGCAUGUUCCGUUAGACACUAGCAUCAAGUACCAUCUGCAGGAACAUGCUGUGCUCCGUGUUGAAAGGCCUGUGGUUUGUGCGCCUCAUGCAGUCUGCGUCACCCUGCCCUUGUGUCCUGUUUUGUGUAUGUACAAUCUGCCUCUUUUGCAAGGCUCUGAUGCGGGGAGAUUAGGGAGGAAGGCCAGAGACUGGAGCAGGGGCCCUUUCCAUGGUGCACAUUCUGCAGAGGCCCUGUUAUUGUUUGUUCCUAUGAUGGGGAGAGCCACCAUCCAUCGCCUUAACAGACAGCCUUAUUGUGGUGGCCUCCUGGGCUAUGCACGUGUCUGUACCUCCUGGUGGUGGUGCCUCGGCUGCGGGGCAGUCUGUGCCCCUAAAGGGAUCUGUGUGGGCUGAGCCCCAGGGCUGGGGUGCACAUGGCGGAGCUCGAGUGGAGCCAGCCUGCCCUGUGGACUGUCUCUUGUAACCAACCUUUGAUGGUUAUGGGGAUUUGCCCCCAUAGCUGUUCCCCAGUCUGAGAUACCUCAUUCCUCUGUCCCAUGUGGCCCUGGCUCUCUCCCAAGCUGAUGUACUGAUAUUUGAGAAAUGGACGUUACUGAAGACUUUGGGGCAGGAAAGCAGUUGUUCCAAACCUGAGGGCUGCUUUCCCUGUAGGGCUUCACAGAUUUUACUGCUGGGGGGAAUUCUGCACCACUGCAUGCAUGGAGAAACAUGUCCCACUGCAGACUUUUUGCUCUCCCCCAGAAAAAUGGUUUCUGUGGGGAAGCAAAAAGAAGUGGCACCAGCGCUCACUCACCCCUCCCCUGCAGUGCAGGUGGCCCAGAGGAAGAGGUAGGUCACUGUGGGGGGGCAAGGGAAGGAGGGAGGGUCUGGUGAUGCCUUAGUCACCCAGGGACAUGUGGGGGAGGGGAAGGAGGAGGAAGGACGGAGACAGAGUUCCUUCUCUGCCUUCCCUGGAUGGAGCAGCUGGGGCUGGGUCAGAUCAAGGGGUUACUGUACAGUGAGCUGCUCUCCCUGUCUGCCCAACCUCCAUCUGGAUCUCCCCCGUCAAACCUCACCCCCCCACAUACAUACAUGGAGUCCCCCCUGCAUCUGGAGCCAACAUACCCAGAGGCCCCUCCCCUCACCCAAACCCCCAUGCUCCUGAGCCUCACCUCUGGCAUCAGGUGCACCCCCACCCCACCAAACCCCACUCCCCCAGCAUGCCGAUGCCCCACUGAGUCCAACCCCAGACACUGGCCACCAGCUGAGCCCUAACCACCUUCACCUAAACUCUCCUGCAGAGUCCCAUUGACCUGGCACCCAAAUGAGCUCCUGUGCAUCCAGAUCCCCUCCCCCCAACCAAGCUGCCCACACCAAGAUUGCACCAUACCUAACCUUAGCACACAAUAGCAGAUUUAAAGGUGGCCGUCCUGCAGCAAAAAAACUUCAGGACCAGACGUCAAAGAGAAACUGCUGAGCUUCAGUUCAUUUGCAAAUUUGACACCGUCAGUUCAGGAUUAAACACAGACUGUGAAUGGCUCACCAACUACAAAAGCAGUUUCUCCUCCCUUGGGGUUCACACCUCAACUGCUAGAAGAGGGCGUCAUCCUCCCUAAUUGAACUAACCUCGUUAUCCCUAGCCUGAUUCUGGCUUGCGUAUUUAUACCUGCCUCUGGAAAUUUCCACUACAUGCAUCCGACGAAGUGGGUUUUCACCCAUGAAAGCUCAUGCUCCAAUACAUCUGUUAGUCUGUAAGGUGCCACAGGACUCUUUGCUGCUUUCACCGAUCCAGACUAACACGGCUACCCCUCUGAUACUUGAUACCUAAUCUUGGUCCUCAUGAGGGAAUUCUGCACCAAAAAUUAAAAAUUCUGUGCCUACAAAUUCUGCAAAAGUUGCACAUUUUAUUUGUGAAAAGAACGCAAUAUAAUCACACCAUUCUCAAUUAUUUGCUGACAAGUAUUUUGAAAUAAAUUACCAAAAUAAUUGAAAAUGGUGUGAUUAUGUUGUUUUCUUUUGAGAAAUAAAAUAUGCAGCAUUUUAAAAUAUUGUGUGCAGAAUUUUUAAUAUUUUUGGCACAGAAUUCCCUCUAGUAUUUUACAAACCUUUGGUCUCUUACUACAAAGGGGUGGCCCCUGGAAACUACAGGUCCUAGCAUUCAAUGCAAGCAGUCUAAGAUGCGGUGUUAUAUGCUGGGCCUGCAGGUUGCCUGCGGAUGGGCUAACUGCCUGGCUACAUCUGAAAUGGCUUCCCCCCGUGAAACUGUCCAGGGGCCAAAUGCUGGUUACUUGCUUUUGGCAACCACGUUUACAGCCUCUUUAGCCCUUCUUCAGUAAUGUCCGUUUCCAAACGAGCAUCACCAUGAGAGCCAGCCGGCUCCGGAGCAUGCGUCUUGUUCCUGGUCCUUGGACUGUCCUCCUGCCUUGGUACAUGUACGGCCUGGAAUCAGUCACUCUUAUUUUUAUCAGUGUCAAGAAUAAACAUGCUCAUCUGG